CUUUUGCCCGUCUUUGCCCAACCCGUCCUUAAGUGUUCUGCUUUGUUGGUUAUUGUAUACAAGAUCAAUCUUCUUCAGGUGCCUCAAGAAUAUCAUCGGUCGAUCGAAGACAAAUAUUCACCGAUUUGUGAAGCCAUGCCUGCACAGUCAGUGUGCCACAACUGUAGCAACGCUGUAUUCUAAAGCCAAGGAUGGAAUACUUCGAGGAUCGAAAGGUCGCCUGAUGUUCGCGCUGUGGUGUGUCACGUGGCGCGAAAUCUUUUGGAUUUUGGCUUCCGGCAUUGCCUACUACUGCACGCUGAUCUCCCGUGCCUUGGUGCUUGAGACUUUGAUUGCAGGAACAUCAAGCAUGUCGUGCAUGAUAGUGCUCUUCGCAUCGGCCUGUGUUGCUGAAGGUUCUUUCACCUGCUACACAAACCACCUGGGCCUGCGCUUUUCGGAGCAUGUGCAGGUGCUCACCCAGGGCGCAAUUUUUCGAAGGGUACUGAACUACUCGCCUACAGCACGUGCUUCAACAUCUCCUGGAUAUAUUACCUCAGUGAUGGGCGUCGACUGCACCCUUAUUUCCUUCAACGCUCAGCAGAUGCUUGCGCCACUGCCCGGACUUGUGAGCAUGCCUAUUAUCAUAUACAUGCUCACAGCCCGUAUAGGCGUUGGCCCUGGACUUUGCUGUGGAGCUGUACUCAUUGCGGCGCUUGCGGGCUUCUGGGUCUUUGUCGCUGCCUACUACAAAUUCCAAGGCGAGGGUGCUGUGAACGUAGUCUGGGAGGACGACAUCACUGCAGGAGUGGACCACACCGAAUCGCUGGGACUGGGUUGGGAGCUGCGCACGAAGGAUAGUUAG